AUGCAGAAUUUUAAGGCUCUUUUUCUCCAACACACGUCACUGACAAGGAAUCAUUUGACCCCUGAAAUUCUUCUACGUCUGGUGACCCCGAGUUGUCCUUUGUGGAGGUCAAAGGACAGUCCGUUUGAGGACCCCUUCUGGGCGUUCUACUGGCCGGGAGGUCAAGCUACUGCCAGAUACAUUCUGGACAACCCUCUGAUAAUUAAAGACCGUCGCGUAUUAGACGUCGGCAGCGGAUGUGGCGCCACGGCGAUAGCGGCGGCGCUCAGAGGAACUAAACGAGUCCUAGCGAAUGAUAUAGACCCGGUCGCUGUUAUGGCCAUCAAAAUGAACGCCGAAUUAAACAACGUUGAAGUACAAACAGACACAAACAACUACAUUGGAACUAAUUGUGAAGAAUUUGAUACAAUUUUAAUAGGAGACAUGUUUUACGACGAAGAUUUCGGCAAUAUGUUGUUCACGUGGCUAAGAGAACUCGCGAGCAAGGAUAAAAUGAUUUUAGUAGGCGACCCGGGGAGACACGGAUUAACUAAAAAAAGAUUAUCUCAAAUGACCUUACUAGCUCAAUACAAAAUGUCGGCCGAGAAUUGUGAAGAAAACAAUGGAUUCACUCACACGAGUUUGUGGAGGAUUAAUAAAUAA